UUCAAAAUUGUCAACCGUCAAUUGUCAAGAUUAAUGUCAUUUAUUUUAGGUUAAAGAGGUUAUGUUUUGGACUUGUGUUUUGAUUCGGCGAUGACAGUGUUUUUAACUUAAAAUGGCUCUUUACGAUAAUAAAUAUUGGCUCUUAUCACAUAUUAGAAAUUCUUUUAUUUCAACAGAUGAUACUGGAAUGUGUGAACUAGUUAUGUCUGGAGAACGUAGAGACAUACAAACCCAUUUAAAGAGUAUGGAACCGUUUCCAGACCCUGAAUCAAGUGAAGAUGAUGAAGACGAUUUUGAAUCUUUUGAACUGCAGAUGGAUAUGGACUUUAAAAUUAGAGAAAGAUCUAAUACAGCUGCUCAAAUAGAAAAACUAGAACUAGCACGUAAAAGAAGCGCUAAAAUGAGAAAUAUAAAGUGGGAACAUACUCAAGACUCAGCCACGCAAGACGUAGAUUUAUUUGUAAAAAAGGAUGUAUCACAUAAUAAAAUACAACAAAAUAAAACAUCUAAACUAUCAGCGUUGAUACAGACCCACGCUGAUACACCAAAAAACCCUUUCAUGGAAUAUGCUAAGUUUGACGGCACUGGACAAGUUAAUAUACCUACUAAAAAGUAUAAAAUAUAUUUGACUAUGUUACCGCCUCAGCAAAGAAAUUAUCCAAUGCCUGUGUGUUGUAUUUCUAGUUCCAAAGUGAAAGAACUUAUAGGUUUAAUACUUUUAAAAUUUAGUUACAAUUAUGGUACUGCCAACUUAAAAGACCCCAAUCACUAUGGUCUCUACAUAACGGAAGAGGAUGGUGAAGUAGAUAGUGAUUUUCCUUGUUUAGACUAUAGGGAACCAAUUUCUAAAUUCGGUUUCAACUGCUUAGGACUCGUCGAACAUAAAGAAGGUACCAAGUCGGUGUCGUUUCCCGAUGAUAGCACUACCUUAUUCACCAUCGAGGAAAUGAAUCGGACGAGAACCAUUUCGGAAAAAAGCAAGGCUGACGAAAACAAACAAAUGGAAAAUGACAUACAAGCAGUUGAAGAUCACAAUAGACUCAUGGAGGCCCCUCUCUAUCACUCAUUCAGGGCUUUUAUGCUUAGCAAAGUAAAACCCAAAAUAGAAGUAAACAUAGGCGUAAGUGGAGAGAGAAUUGAGAUUGAUCCAGUGCCUCAAAAAGGUUCCAAAUUGUUACCUUUCAAGGCAAAAGCCAUCAGCCAUCCCAUAGACAGUAUCGCUGAUUGCGAAAUAACUGAUAUUCGAACUAAUAGGACGUGUUUUAGGAUAGUUUACGGAGCUAAUAGUGCCAGUAUUCCUAAUUCGAAUCUCGAUAGUUCGUUUUCUAGUUCUACUAGUAGUAGUCUUCAAUAUCCAAAUACGACGUCUUACAAAAAUUACGAUUUCGAAAGCAAUCACGUUACAGCUAACGACCUAGUCCAGAAAGUAAAAUUAAUUCUCGAACUUAAAACUAGUUCGACAAGGGUGGAAUACCUUGCUACCAAAGAGAAGAAACUACAAAAAAAGAAGAGUUUUCAUAUUGUUAAGUGAUUUUAUUUAUAUAUAACUAGCUUUUUAAUAAAAGACAGUAUUACUUUUAAUAUACCAGUUUGUUUUUAUUAAAAAAACUG